AGUUAGGUGAAAAAUCAACGCAACUUUCUAAGAAACUUCCAUGAUUGUAGACUUCUCGAAAAAAAGUACCAACGACUCUUCCAGUCAACUGGUGAUAUUAAGUGAAGUAUCUCCAUCUCAUCUCGCCAAACUCCUCUAGCAUCCAUUAGCAGCCUCUUCUGGUGAAUGUAGGGACUAGCUGCAGUAUGGCGGCAUCUCUUGUAGCUUCUGCUAUUCAAUGGAUUGGGUCAUUGCUCAUCCAAGAGGCAAACAUGUUAUUGGAAGUGGCAGACCAAGUAAGGAACCUCCAAGAAGAGCUUGAACUUAUGCAGCAGUAUCUCCAAGAUGCUGAUGCAAAGCAAGAGAUGAAUAAGGAAAUUUGCACUUUGAUCAGGCAAAUUAGAAAACUUGCUUAUGAUGCUGAGGAUGUCAUAGAUACUUACAUACUUGAAGUUGAAGCAGAGGCUUAUAUUGUUGGUAGUAAAGGAUCAUUUAUGAGAUUUAUGUGCUUCCUGCAUACUGCACCUCAGGCUUACACGAUAGGGAAACAGAUACAAUUGAUGCAGAGUAAUGUAAAGCGAAUCACUGACAGGUUAAUAAGUUAUGGAGUAAGAAGAAUCACUAAGGUCAGUGAAGAUUUUCGAUCAUCAAGUGACUAUCAAAGAAAUUCAAGGCAAAAGCCGCGAAGCUAUCCCUAUGAUGAUGAUGGUGAGUUUAUUGUUGGUUUGGAGAAAGAUAUCAAACUUUUAGUAGAAGUAUUGAUGGGAGCAGGUAACAUUCAAAAAAAUAUUGUUACCAUUGUGGGAAUGGGUGGCUCAGGGAAAACCACCCUUGCUAGGAAGCUCUACAACCAUCCAUAUACUAAAGAAUGCUUUGAUUGCUGUGCAUGGGUUUAUAUUUCCCAAGAUUGGAACACCAGGCAUGUUCUAUCUGAAAUCUUAAGGAAGGUUAGUAGUCCUAUGGAGAUGUCCAACUUGAACUCCAAAUCAAGCGAGGAAGAGCUCGUGGACAAGGUUCGGAGCAUCUUGGAAAAGAAAUCUUAUUUAGUGGUAUUGGAUGAUGUUUGGAGGAAAGAGGCUCUAAAGGAAAUACUCCCUGCCCUCCCACGGGUGAACAAUAAUAAAGGAAGCAAAAUUAUUAUCACCACCCGAAACCAAGAAGUUGUUCAAUUUCAGAACCUCCAACGGCACCUAUAUAUCCAUGAGCCAAGGCCUCUAAGCAUGGAGGAAAGUUGGGAACUUUUCUGCAAGAUCGCUUUCAAUUAUCAUACAAAUUACAAUAAUGAAAGCUAUGAGGAUCUGGGUAAGGAAAUGCUCAAGAAAUGUGACGGGCUUCCCUUGGCUAUAGUAGCAUUAGCUGGAAUUCUGAAUGCAAAAAGAAGCAUCACGGAAUGGCAGCAAGUGAGUGAAGCGGUACGAUCAAGGGUGAUGGAAGGUACAUGCACACAUAUGUAUGGUAGAGUUGGGGAUAUGCUAGCUCUCAGCUAUGAUGAUCUCCCUUUUGAUCUCAAACCUUGCUUUCUUUAUCUGAGUGUAUUUCCGGAAGAUUGCCAAAUUCCUGCUGGAAUGUUAACCAGAAUGUGGAUAGCUGAGGGUCUCAUGGCUGAAACUGAAGAAAUGUCCCUAGAAGAUGUAGCAAUGCAGUGUUUAGAAGAAAUGAGCCACCGCUUCAUGAUUCAAGUAGUAAGAACCAAUUUCAAGGGAGCCAUCAAAGCGAUUCACUUGCACGAUCUAUUGCGUGAACUUUGUGUCAGAAAGGCCAGAGAAGAUAACUUUCUUCAGAUUUAUACUCUCCUCAACAACAAUUCUGCCGCUAAUGAUACAUCUACAACAGCAAUUCAGUCACGUAGGGCUGCUCUUCAUUCCAGCAUCUCUUUUCCAACACAAAUUUCCAGUUUGAGGUCGCUUGUACUAUUGACAAAAUCUACUGUCAUGCAUUCUGCCUAUAUUUCCAAAGAGACAUUAGAUUUGAGAAUUCUCCCUCACAAUUUCAAGUUACUUAGAUUGUUAAAUCUCUGGGGCAUUAAGACUUCUGAUAGAGCUUUGCCCACACAAAUUGGAAGUUUAAUACACUUAAGGUACCUUGGGAUCCGUGCUUCGAAUAUAACCAAACUCCCCAUGUCAAUUGGGAAUUUGAGAAAUCUAUUGACUUUAGACUACAGAAACGUUGAUUCUGAUAAUAAUAAUGUCAAGAUACCUAAUAUCUUGUGCAAGCUCAUGCUACUUCAGCAUCUAUUUUUGCCAAUAGAAUGUCCUUGGGAUCCUGAAGAACUACAAUUGAGUGCAUUGAAGAACCUGCAAGUACUCUGGGGAGUACAAUGUACAGGGGGAAAUUGGUUUUCAAGAGAGAUACCAAAGCUCAGCACUACUCUGAGGAAACUGAGGGUGGUUGUAUCAACCGAAAAGGAUUUGGAGUCUGCAUUCAGUUGCCCAAGCCUCAUGUCUGAUCGACUCCGUACAUUCCAUUGUGAGUGGAAAGUUGGCGUGGCAUUGCGUGUGAAUUGUAUGUUCUCUCACAAUCAAAACCUUCAUAAACUGGUAUUGGUUGGAAAAAUACGGGUGGAGAAACUGUCUCUCAUAUUGCCGUCUAAUCUUUUGAUUUUAGAAUUGAAGGAUAGUGUUCUGGAGGACGAGGAUCCCAUGGAAGUUGCUGGAACAUUAGCCCAUUUGAAGCUCCUAAGACUCUCAAAUUCAUACAUGGGAGCUGCAUUAACUUGCAACCUUAGUUCUUUUCCUCAGCUUGAGGAGCUCUACCUUGAGAAUCUUCAAAACUUGAGCACAUGGAGGAUAGAGAAGGGAGCGAUGUCAAGUCUUAAGAAACUUGAGAUUGUAAGCUGUAGAAAGCUGCAACACUUUCCUCAAGGCUUGGCAUUUGUCACCACCCUCCAACAACUUGAAUUUUUUGGAGUUUCUGGAAAAUUCGGCGAACAAGCUAGGGCCUAUGGGUGGUCACAGAGGCUUAGGCUGCCUCAUAACUUUGAAGCCAUCAUUGAGCAGAGUGACACUCCGGUUGACAUGUCCUCCAUCCACAGGCUCUAUGAGCAGCUCACUAAUGGCAUUUUUCUGAAAAACAAAACGAAGAAGUUCUGGGUCGUGAAGCAAGAGGACCACCAAUAUAAUUGCUUCAUGGUGUAUGUGACUAACCUCUUUGUUGCGACAGAACAUGAUAUUGAUGGUCUUCCAGAGUGGAAUACCAUACAUGAUAUGAAUGAAGAUGAUAUAUGGACUACCCUUAUGCGUGACUGGGAAUGGAGUGAUGUAGAAGAAAGCAGAGAUGGUUCAUUGAUCAAAGUGGCGAAACUAAAAUCUGAAGUACUCGUGCUUGAUGUGCAUGGAAGAUUCAACAUCGCUGAUCUCUCACCGCAUGUCAUGUACUCAUUCUCUUUUGUGGUCAUGUUAGAUGACUCAUUCGUCGAUGAUGUGUCUGUUAGAACUCAAAUUCACCUCCCUGAUGGCAGUUCACAACAGCUGGGACGCCCCUCGCUGAAUGACAAACCAAGGAAUGAAUGGAUAAAAAUCUCCAUAGGUGAAUUUGAGACACACCCUAACAAUAUUGGUGAGGCCGAAUUUUACUUGCAUUUUAAAUGGCGACAGUAUUCAAAGGUUGGGUUUAAAAUCAGAGCGGCUAUUAUUGAACCCAAACUCUAAUCCUCCAUCAAGUUUAAGGCCUGGUUUUCCUGGUUGUCAAUGUAUGUUGCAAGAACGCGGAUGAAUGGAUCAAACAAUGAUGGGAGGAAAUACGUUGAGAUCUGGCUCACCCGAGCUUGUGUUCAGCUGCAAACGAAAGCCGCAGCAGAUCAAGAGCCAAGGUUUGCUGUCAUAAGCAGGGCUUGUUGUCAAAAGAUAUCACUUCACAUUUGUAAUUCUUAAAAUUGUAAGAGAUAGACUCUUGGAUUAACAAGGAUGAACAUCAUGCUUCUAGUGUAAAAUAUAAUCAAAGGGAAGUAUCUUAGACUUGUAGAAAUUUUCUGGUUUAUCAUAUAUCUUCAAAAUGUCUUAACUCUUUUUUUUUUAUAGUUCUUACAUAUCUAUAGUUAAACUUUAUUAAGUUUGCUAGCUACAACUGGUGACGAUGAUUUUGGUGAGUUGUUGCUGGAGGGAGAGACAAACAAGGGUAUGGUGAAGGUGGUACUAAUUAGUGUUACACUUAUAAUAAGUAACAACUUGAUACUUCUUUCAUGUAUAAAUAAACUUCUUGUUAUAGUC